UUAUAAAUCAGAAAAUAGUAUGGUGUAUGCUGUGAUAUAAAACAAUGUAUUCUCUAAGGAUCUGCAUUUUUCACGAUAUCACCAUCCAAAGGCUGUUAGGUGGCCACGUCACUUAGUGGAAUUCAGAUUUGGGCGAUAAAGGAAUGAAAAGGUGGUCAUGCAACUAUUUCCUUGGUAGCAUAUAACAAGAGUUGGUUUUUGCUGUCAAUACACUGAUGCCCUAUUUCUCUCUCAAAUCUUCUUCUGUUAGAUAACACCAUGCGUAUCUUAGCAUCCCGACUCUCCACUUUUCUGUGUAGAAGACGACCUGGGCAUGUUCAAUCCCGUCACUUCUCAUAUCACAAUGACGAAGGAGAUUAUCUGAGUGUAGCUAUGACACUUUUGAAAUGCCGUGCUUUUAAUCACAUGAUUGGAGCUCAUAUGUUAGAACUUCAUGCAACAGAUGAUGAAAGGAGGAUGAAAAUAGUGGAGAUUGGUGGUGCUGAGGCGCUUGUAAAUGUGUUGAGGGAUUAUAGAGGCAGAGACUAUGAUACACGGCUAAUCGCACUGAAGGCUCUUGCUGCCCUUUCUGGCUCAGAUGAAGCUGUUGGAGCUUUACACCGUGCUGGGGUUAUAUCAGUUAUAAAGUCCACUCAACCAACACUUGUACUGAGCAGAUAUCCAUUUCCCCAAUGUAAUGAUCAAGAAAUCGAGGAAUACAAGUCAAGCCUACUAAAGAGAUUCCAAUUGCGUGACAUCGAAGAAUACAAGUCAAGCCUACUAAAGAGAUUCCAAGAUUUGGGAUAUGAUAUAUCAUCCUCAGAUUGUGAGAAAGCGAUCUCCUAA